AUGAUAUCUUUGGGCCCUGGAUGUACCCAACGCUUCAUUUUUGCUAUUGAAGUGAUCAACAAGAAUGACCAACUCCUGCACAAUCUCACACUGGGUUACAACAUCCAUGACAACUAUGAUAACACACUUGGCACUUCAGAAGCCUUGCUGGACAUGCUCUCUACUGGAGAAGCCAAUGUUCCCAACUACAGUUGUGGGAGGCAGGAUCACCUUUUGGCUCUUCUUGAUGCAGCUGACAGUGACAUCUCCAUUCAGAUAUCAACUUUAGUAGGAACCUACAAAGUCCCACAGUUCCACCCUUUUCUGGAGAAGAAUGAAUUGUGCAAUCUUUCCCAUCUGAAAUUGUAUUUGGACCAAAACGGAGAUAUAGCAGCAGAUCUGAAUAUCAUGAGUGCUGUGAUUCUCCCCGAGGAGGAUCCCGUUGAAGAACAAAUAGGGAGCUUGGAAAGACAGAGACUUACAAUCAACCAAGAUGUUCUCUCACGGCUAGAACCGCUCAACAAGUCUCUGCCUCAGUCCAAAUGUGUGGAAAGUUGUCAUCCUGGAUUUUUCAAGCGGGCUCGGGAAGGAGAGCCAGUUUGCUGCUAUGACUGUGUUCCUUGUCCAGAGGGGACCAUCUCCAUGCAGGAAGAUACUGAAAAAUGCACCAAGUGUCCAGAUGAUCAAUAUCCAAUCAAAACCCGAGUCCAAUGUAUCCCCAAAAGAAGGAACUUUCUGUCCUAUGAAGAACAUCUGGGCAUCAUCCUUGUCUCUGUUGCCCUACUCUUCUUCCUAAUCACAUGCCUUGUUUUAAUCAUAUUCCUUAAAAACCUAGAAACUCCCAUUGUCAAAGCCAAUAACUGCGACCUCUCCUUCAUCCUCCUGGUCUCCCUCCUGCUUUGCUUCUUGUCCUCCAUUUUCUUCAUUGGGCAGCCAAGUAAAGCUACCUGUCUUCUCCGACAAACAGUGUUCAGCAUUGUCUUCUCGGUAGCUGUGUCUUCUGUAUUAGCCAAAACGAUUACAGUGGUGCUGGCAUUCCUGGCCACAAAACCAGGGAACAGUGUGAGAAGAUGGUUGGGGAAGAGUUUGGCCAACUCCAUCAUCCUUUCUGGUUCUGCUGGCCAAACAUUCAUCUGUGCCCUGUGGUUGGGUGUUUCUCCCCCGUUCCCUGAUUCUGAUCUGCACUCCCAGCCUGGAGAGAUCAUCCUUCAAUGUAAUGAAGGCUCUGUUGCUAUGUUUUAUGUUGUCCUUGGCUAUAUGUGCUUCCUAGCUGUCAUUUGCUUCAUUGUGGCUUUCCUGGCUAGGAAUCUGCCUGGGGCCUUCAACGAAGCCAAGCUGAUCACCUUCAGCAUGCUGGUCUUUUGCAGUGUCUGGAUUUCCUUCCUGCCCACCUACCUGAGUACCAAAGGAAAGUCCAUGGUGGCUGUGCAGGUUUUCUCCAUUUUGGCCUCUGGUGCUGGGCUACUUGUCUGUAUCUUCUUCCCCAAAUGCUAUAUUAUCAUCCUCAGGCCAGCUCUAAAUACUAAGGAACAUCUAAUUAUAAAAGGAGGGAAAUGA